AUGAAUUUUCUCGCUAAUGGUGGCUCUUUAGCGAAGUCAUGCAAAGCUGUAUUCAAAACUACUGCAACAAUAACUGAAAUGAAUAUAAAACCAUUGGCAUAUCCAAACCCACCGACGAAGAUUCUCAAAUUCCCUCAGGUUACGUUAAAGGAUGAACUGUACAGAAGACUUCCAACUGGAAAUGUAACAGUACAUUCGGGAUAUUCGAAAGCAAUCGAAAGCAUGAACACAGCUGGUGUUGUAUUAACCUCUUCCCCAUCGCGAAAAUAG